AUGGUGCUCUGGAGAUACCAGCCGAAGAGAGGAGUGGAAACAGCUUUUGCCAUCGCUGUGUUUCAGCCCCUGAGCCAAAUGCAUCUUGACAUUAGGAAAGGAAUACAUUUGCUCAGCCCUUGUAAUAACACUGCGGCUAUCCCCAGUUGCCUUUUUGACGACCCUGCUCCUGUGCUGGAGGCUGCCCGGAGCCUGGAGGACCGGCUGCAGCAGCUCCAGCGCCUCGAGCCUGAACCGGCCUCCCUGAAGGACAUCAGCCGCCCCUGGAAGAAGCACCUGGAGCUCGUCGGCACCAAAGAGCGCAGAGAGGGGACGUCACCAGCAGCCGGGCUCGCGGCAGCGGCUGAGCCCCCGCUCUCCAGUGUUGACGGCAAAGGACUGUGCGCAGAAACCUUGCUGCAGAGAAAUGAGGCAGAAAAGCAAAAGGGGCUGCAGGAAGCACAGGUCACUUUGGCUGCUCGGCUGGGAGAGGCAGAGGAGAAGAUCAAAGUGCUCCACGCAGCGCUGAAGGCCACCCAGACGGAGUUGCUGGAGCUGCGUUGUAAAUACGACGAGGAAGCCGCGUCCAAGGCAGAUGAAGUAGCCAUGAUCAUGACGAACCUCGAAAAAGCCAACCAGCGAGCGGAGGCGGCGCAGAGGGAGGUGGAGAGCUUGCGGGAGCAGCUGGCAGCCGUGAAUAGCUCCCUCCGCCUGGCCUGCUGCUCCCCACCAGGCACUGCCGGGGACAAAGUGAACUAUUCCAUGUGCUCAGGGUCGAGGCUGGAGGCGGCUCUGGCUGCCAAGGACCGGGAGAUCCUGCGGCUCCUGAAGGAUGUCCAGCACCUCCAGAGCUCUCUGCAGGAGCUGGAAGAGUCCUCUGCUAACCAGAUCGCCGAGCUGGAGGGGCAGCUGGCCGCCAAGAACGAAGCCAUUGAGAAGCUGGAGGAGAAGCUGCAAGCACAGGCGGACUACGAGGAGAUCAAAACGGAGCUGAGCAUCCUGAAGGCGAUGAAGGUGGCCUCCGCCAGCUGCAGCCUUCCCCAGAGCAUAUCGAAGGCAGAGGAGGCCCUGCUGCUGGGGAAGGAGGCUUUCUACCCCUCCCAGAAGUACCUGCUGGAGAAGCCCAGCCUCCUGGCCAGCACUGAGGAGGAUCACUCCGAAGACGAGUCGGGGAAGGAUUCACUGGGCGUGGAGCAGCCGUACCCAUCCCCCCAGCAUGCCCCAGCGGACGAACCUGCCUCCCCCACUCCCCUCCCGCCUCUGCCUGGCCCCGGCCUGGCCCCCGACGGCCCCCGGACUUUCUCCCUGUCGCCCUUCCCGGGGGGUGAGCGGCUUUCAGGGGACCCCAAGGCCCCCCACCUCCCGCCGCCCGCUUACAAGAGCGAGAGUGCCGGGGGGGGGCCGCCUUUCCCCUCCACCUUCUUCGGAGCCAAAAGCACCACCGUGCCCCCCGGCACUGUGCCAGCUGCCAGCGCCGCCAGCCCGCCCAGCGAGCCGACCGAGGGCAACGCCGGCAGCUCUGCCGACGAGGAACAGCUGGACACGGCCGAAAUCGCCUUCCAGGUGAAGGAGCAGCUGCUGAAGCACAACAUCGGGCAGCGGGUCUUUGGGCAUUACGUGCUGGGGCUGUCACAGGGCUCCGUCAGUGAGAUCCUGGCCCGGCCCAAGCCCUGGCGCAAGCUGACGGUGAAGGGCAAGGAGCCGUUCAUCAAGAUGAAGCAGUUCCUCUCUGACGAGCAGAAUGUGCUGGCCCUGAGGACUAUCCAGGUGCGCCAGAGAGGUAGCAUCACGCCGCGGAUCAGGACGCCGGAGACCGGCUCUGAUGACGCUAUCAAAAGCAUCCUGGAGCAGGCGAAGAAGGAGAUAGAGUCGCAGAAGGGAGGGGAACCCAAAACGCCGUCGGCGUCACAGGCGGUGGCCAACGGGGCCGGCGGCAGCAGCUCGGAGGACGCCAUCAAAAGCAUCCUGGAGCAGGCGCGGCGGGAGAUGCAGGCACAGCAGCAGGCAUUGCUGGAGAUGGAGUCAGGGGGCAGCGGGCGCCCCGGGGACACGCCGCCCGCCGAGCGCUCCACGCUGGCCGCCGUCAACCAGAACAUUGUCCCGACCUAUGUCAAGCAGGAGGAGGGGAGCGGGGCCAGCCCCGGCCCUCCCCAGACGCCUCUGGCUGUCCUCUCGCCAGCCGCCUUCGUCCAGAGCAUCAUCCGGAAAGUGAAGUCGGAGAUCGGUGACGCUGGCUCCUACUUUGACCAGCACUGGGCAUCGGAGCGGAGCCUGCUCAGCCGACCCUACACUUCUGUUUCGCCUUCGCUUUCCUCCUCCUCCUCGAGCUACUCCAGCAUGGCCAAUGGCCGGGGCUGGCCGCGGGGUGAGCCCGGCGAGGGUGGUGCUAAUGAGGAUGAACUGCCGCCGGCAGACGAUGAGCCCCACCGGCUGACAGAGAUGAAGGCGGAGGGAGCCAGCACAGAGCCGGCAGCUGGCGGUCGUCUCUCCUACUAUCCCGCCUACGUGCCACGGACCCUGAAGCCCACUGUGCCGCCGCUGACACCGGAGCAGUACGAGAUGUACAUGUACAGGGAGGUGGACACACUGGAGCUGACCCGGCAGGUCAAGGAGAAGUUGGCCAAGAACGGCAUCUGCCAGAGGAUCUUUGGAGAGAAGGUGCUGGGACUGUCCCAGGGCAGUGUGAGCGACAUGCUGUCGCGGCCCAAGCCGUGGAGCAAGCUGACGCAGAAGGGUCGGGAGCCCUUCAUCCGCAUGCAGCUCUGGCUGACCGACCAGCUGGGCCAAGGCAUCAGCCAGCAACCGACACCCUCCCAGGCCAGCCCGGUGGAGCCCCAGCCAUCCCCCUCGCCGCCCCCCAGCCCCGCCGAGCACGAGAAGGGCUGCCAGGAGCCCCUCACCCUGGCCUUGGAGAGCAGCAAGGAGAACCAGCAGCCCGAGAGCCGGUCGACACCUGUGCUGGGUGGGAAGACAUACCCCAACAGCCAGGGACCCGUGGGCAUCCAGGAGAUUGUUGCCAUGUCCCCUGAGCUGGACACCUACUCCAUCACCAAGAAGGUCAAGGAGGUCUUGACGGACAACAAUUUAGGCCAGCGGCUGUUCGGGGAGAGCAUCCUGGGCCUGACGCAGGGCUCGGUGUCCGAUCUCCUCUCCAGGCCCAAGCCGUGGCACAAGCUGAGCCUGAAGGGGAGGGAGCCCUUCGUCCGCAUGCAGCUCUGGCUCAAUGACCCCCACAACGUGGAGAAGCUGCGUGACAUGAAGAAGCUGGAGAAGAAAGCCUACCUGAAACGUCGGUAUGGGCUGAUGAGCGCUGGCUCGGACAGCGAGUCCCCCAGCACCCGCUCCGAGUGUGCCAGCCCCAGCCUGCAGCCGCAGGACCUCAGCCUCCUCCAGAUCAAGAAGCCGCGAGUGGUGCUGGCCCCGGAGGAGAAGGAAGCCCUGAAGAAAGCCUAUCAGCUGGAGCCCUACCCCUCCCAGCAGACCAUCGAGCUGCUCUCCUUCCAGCUCAACCUCAAGACCAACACCGUCAUCAACUGGUUCCACAACUACAGGUCACGGAUGCGCCGGGAGAUGCUGGUGGAGGGCGCGCAGGACAAUGACACGGACCCGGAGCAGAGCGGCGGAGCGACCAUCCCUGGACGCCGGGCCCCCCACAGCCCCGAUUCGGACGCAGAGGACCGUAAACCUGUGUUCAGGGGGGGUGAGCACCCCUGCGCCGCUGCACCCGUGAAGGUGAAGGAGGAGCAGGGGGAGGCGGGCGGCUGGGGCCGCCGGCGGGACUCACGCAGCCCGGCCGGGGCGGCUGAGGGGACCGGACCUCCCCAGGAGGAGCGGGGGGCAGCCCCCCACGCUGCCGCCCCCAGCACCGGCAGCCUCCCGCGGCGGGGGGGCCGUGCCGGUGCCACCACCGGGGGACCACCACCACCACCGCCACCGCACCCUGACAGCUCCCAGUCCUCCGCGGGUUCAUCCCGUUGCAGCUUGGAGGUCUCCCCAACAUCGCCCUCGGCGGCAUCCUCACCUGGCCUCGCCGGCUCAGCCUCACCAGGGCCAUCCUCUGCCGGGCCGGUCUCACCAGCGCUGCCUCCGGCUCCCGGCCCCCGGCUCAGCACCAGCGUCCAGCGGCGCCAUGAAAAGAUGGCCAACCUCAACAACAUCAUCCACCGCCUGGAGCGGGCUGCCAACCGCGAGGAGGCCCUCGAGUGGGAGUUCUGAGCGCCCCCCCCCGCCGCCCUAAAUAUAUAUAUACACACCCACAUAUAUAUAUAUAUUUUGUUAAAUGCAGCACUCACCGAGAGGCGGCAGGCAGCCAGUGCCACGGAGGGGAGCGCCCAUGGAAAGGGGGGGCCCCCGCUUACGAAGCUGCCCCCCCCAGCUUUGUUUUAAAUGUGAAAAACUGGGAACAAUUUUAGAAAAGAAAAGAAAAAACAAAAAAUAUUUAUAGACCUCUUUUAGAUAUUUUAAUAAAAGGAUACUUUGGAAUUUAUUAACAGCUUAAGCUGCUUUGAUAUUAAAGAUAGCUAUAAAAUCAAGAUGAUGUAGCAGUCGUGUCAUUAAAUGUACACUGAAGUCUUGUAGUUUGCCACUGGAUGAGAUUAAAAAAAAAACAAACAAAAAAAA